ACAAAAUUUUUCUUCUUGGUCUGCAUGCAACCAAAAGACGACCCCCGACAACAACACAGAACGCCUCUCAUCGAUCGCGACUUGAUCAAAUUUUGCUUGGCGAUACGAUCUCUUGACCAUGUCCGUCCAAGGAAGCUCGUCAGAUGUCGGCGGCAAAUCAGAAAGUCAGAACCGAACAUCAUUUGCUCAAUUGGAUCCACCCAUCAACCCUGCCCUGCUAUCGGCCCUAUCUGCUCUAUCACUCUGCUAUCCAACUCAAGUCCAAAAAGAAUUCAUCCCACUGGCCCUCAAUGGCAAAGAUAUCCUGGCUCGUUCUAGCACUGGAUCGGGUAAAACGUUGGCCUAUGCGAUCCCUAUCCUCCAGAGCAUCUUGGAAAAUAAAUUCAAGCGACGCACUUCCACCACGACGGCACUAACAACACUCACAAUGGCUGUUAUACUGGUACCCACUCGCGAGCUCAGUGCUCAAGUCACCCUGGCCAUAUCUAGUCUUUGUAAGGGUUUAGGAAACGAGAACGCCAUUGAAAUCAUCAACCUGGCCAGCUCAGAUUCAAAGCGAUCGAAAAGGAAACACGCUCAAGUUGAUCAAUCUUACACGAGUAAUCCACCCGACAUCAUAGUCUCCACUCCCGCUAGAUUAUUGGAUAGACUACGGACGACACCAACCGACAUGUCUGGACUAUCUUUCCUCGUUCUGGAUGAAGCCGACCUGAUACUUUCCUAUGGUCACUCCUUUGACGAUAUCAAGGCGAUUCUAUCAGGCAGUGGAAGUAGUGGGACUCAUUCAUGGAGAUUUCCUACUUUCUUUCAAAGCUUUCUCAUGUCGGCAACCAUGACGAGCGAAGUGGCCGAACUGAAGAGUCUAGUCUUACGUAACCCGGAGAUCCUCUACGUUAAGGAAUCGAUUAAUGAAUUGUCCAACCUGACCCAAUUUUCGAUCAAAGUUCCAAAUGAACAGGACAAAUUCUUACUGAUCUACGUGAUCUUCCGAUUAAAGCUGAUCAAGGGGAAGGGGCUAGUUUUCGUUAACUCGACCGACAAGUCUUAUCAACUCAAGUUGUUCUUGGAGAAGUUUGGGAUCCGCUCAGGCGUUCUGAAUUCCGAGCUUCCGUUCAACUCGCGCUACCAUGCCGUGGAGGAGUUCAAUAAAGGUAUCUUCGACUAUCUGAUUGCCACAGACGAGAGCGAAAAUAACCUCCCGAUUGAGAAGAAAGCCUCCAACCCGACACCUGCUCCGACCGACCCAAAUUUGAUCCCUACUCAACCAUCGGUAGCCGAGGAAACAACAGACAAUGUUGUAACCAACCCGAAGAAACGAAAAAAUAGAGACGACAAGUCCCAGGAUAAGCCCAUAGACUACGGAGUCUCGCGGGGGAUAGACUUUGUGAAUGUGGCAUGUGUUAUCAACUUUGACUUGCCGCUUUCGACGCAAAGUUAUACACAUCGAAUUGGACGUACCGCUCGAGCAGGAAGAACCGGGAUCGGCUUGUCGUUUGUUCUUUCGACCGCACGGAUGGAGCCAAGCUCGAACAAAACAAGUAAAAACCUUCAAGAAACCUGCGCUAGAGAGACUGAGAUGUGGAAGAAGAUCGAAGCUGAGCAGAUUACAAGAGGCUCGAUCCCUAAGGAAUACAAAUUUGAUAUGACUCAAGUCGAAGGUUUCCGAUAUCGAAUGGAGGACGGCUUACGGUCGGUCACCAAAGCAGCCAUUCGGGAGGCGCGGAUUAAAGAGAUUAAAAACGAGAUCUUGAAUUCAACUAAACUGAAGUCUCACUUUGAAGAAAAUCCGAACGACUUGAUGUUCCUAAAACACGACAAGCCCUUACAUCCGACAAGGAUCCAGCCACACAUGAAGCAUGUGCCGUCAUAUUUGAUCCCCAAGAUCACCAACCUUCCCAUCCGUCAACAGGACCAACCCCAAGAUUCGAAUCAAGGCUCUUCUAAUCCGGAUCCUGCAACCACUCAACCGAGCUUAAAGACUUCGUUCAACAAAAAUCCUAAUCGGGCUCGCCAACAGCUCAAUGGCAAAUCCCGCGGUGGAAGCCGUGGGGGUCGUGGGGGUCGUGGUGGUGGUGGUAGAGGUGGUAAAAAGAAAAACCCGCUCAAAAGUUUCACUUCCACAUGAUCUAUUUCCUUCGGUCUUGUCUUCUCUUGACUGUUUUUUUUUGUUGAACGUAGUUAUAAUACGGCCCAACUCAGUUUUUGCUCAUCGUACGCAAACCAUAAACAAAAAGAAAUCACAAUACACCAGUUUUUUUUAUAACUUUCCCAUCCUUUUUUCUUCGGAUUAUUGGACUCAAGUGCCAGCCGGAGACAGAUACUGACCCCAUGAAUUAUACAAACUUAAAAUAUAUGAGAAUACAAGUUCCG